UCAAAAUGGCGUCUUUCACUGUAUAGUGCAUUUAUCCGCCGCACACGGGAUACUUUUGUAAAAUUACAGUGGUUUGAUUUUCGCUUGUGCUAAAACUGUUUGUGUUUUGAUAUUCAGUGCUGUGAUUUAUUAAUAUCGAGAUACAUAUGGACUAUCAUAUCGAAUAUUUAUCCGAGUUUCCGUAAGUAUAAGCGGGAAGGCCUCACCAUGUGUACUGGCGGCUGAGACGCCGGCGCGUCUACACGACGCGCAGCAGAGACAUGUCUUUCUUCAAUAAUCUCAAGAAGGUGCUUCACCUCGGCAGCGGCAAUGACGCUAAGAAGAAGAAGGUGUUCAGCAACAUUAGGGACAACAGCGAUCCCAAUGAGAACUGGGACAUGGUCGGGGAGCUGGGGGAUGGGGCUUUUGGGAAGGUGUACAAAGCCCAGCACAAGACCACGGGCCAGCUGGCCGCUGCCAAGAUGUGUGUUCUGGACAACGAGGACGACCUAGCUGACUUUACGGUCGAGAUUGACAUACUCAGCGAGUGCAGACAUCCCAAUGUUGUGGAACUGCAUGAGGCGUACUUCAUUGAUAACAAGCUAUGGAUGCUGUUAGAGUAUUGUGACGGUGGAGCCCUGGACUCUGUCAUGUCUGAACUAGAGAAGGGUCUAAAUGAAGCUCAGAUAGCGUACGUGUGUCGAGAGAUGUGCCGCGGGCUGCAGUUCCUGCAUUCAAGGAGGGUGAUCCACAGAGAUCUCAAGGCUGGGAACGUACUGGCUACCAUGAUAGGAGGGGUCAAGUUGGCGGACUUUGGAGUAUCAGCGAAGAACAAGUCCACCCUCCAGAAGCAUGACACAUUCAUCGGCACCCCAUACUGGAUGGCUCCGGAGGUGGUGCUGUGUGAGACCUUCAGAGAUCACCCCUACGACUUCAAGGUGGAUAUUUGGUCGCUGGGCAUCACUCUGAUAGAGUUUGCUCAAAUGGAGCCCCCCAACCACGAGAUGACACCCAUGCGAGUGCUACUCAAGAUACAGAAGAGCGAGCCGCCAGCCCUCGACCAGCCCUCGAGAUGGAGUAAAGCCUUCAAUGACUUCAUAGCGAAGGCUCUUGUUAAGGAUCCAGAGAAGCGUCCAACAGCGCUGGAACUGCUAAAACAUGAGUUCAUAUCCUCAGAGCUGGACUCGAAGCCACUGAGGGAACUACUGCUGGAGUACAGGGCGGAGGUCGUCGAGGAGGAACUGCUGGAUGAUGAUGCAGAGGAGCACCGCAGCUCACAGAUGCAGGUGGAUAUGGAAGAUGACUCUACAUCCGUCCGCUCAGGGGACACGCCGGAUAUGAAAAUGUCCGACUACGAGGCAGGUGGCAAGGCGUCCCCCGCUCCGCCCGCCACAGUCCCCGCACCCGCCGCCGCCACCAAGAGAGCGCUGGACGACGCGCCGGCUGACAGGAGGACGCCGGCACCCAAGAAGGAGAAGGGACCGGCGCCCCCCCCGCCCGCUGGUCCGCCGUCGUCCCCGCCCCGCGCGCCCCGCAAACAGCCCGCACCCCCGCCGCCCGCUACCAUACCCGCACCGCCCACGGCGACCACAGCGCCUACAACCACAACACCGCCCACGACCCCAACCCCGCCUACAACGACCACAGCGCCCACGACAACAACGAUCGCCGGUGACAUAGUGGAACAGAUAUGUAGAGACGCAGAGAAGGCUGUGGAGGAGAAAACGGAAAUAGACAAGGCAAUUAAUCAUAAGGCUGAGGACACACAGACGGGUAGCACACCGGAAGGACAUCACAAGGUCAACGGGCUAGAGAAAACCAGCCCCAAGGUUAUUAACAAGCAGGCUGAUAAACCCGCCGUUAACGCCGACGUUAACGAGAAUGACACAGACAAGACUGUUAACAAAGGUGACGCUAAAAUAGAUGAAGCUGACGCUAAAACUAGUCUAGACGAUAAAACAAGAAACGCAACCAAAACCAACAAUAUCAAUAUUAACAAAGGGUUGUACAAGUCGGUUGAAAUCAUUAACAAGAGCAACACAGAGGUGAAAACUAAUAAGGUGAUAACGGAGGUGAACAGGAUUAAUACGGAUCUGAUGAAGAGUACGGACGAUGUGAGGAUAGUUAGUCAGUUUGAGAGGAUGGCUGACAUGAGUAAGUCAUGUGUGGAAGUCAACCAGGUGUCGCUGGAGAGGGGGGAUGGGAUCAGGAAGGAGAAGGAGCGUUCCAGGUCCAGCUCAAAUGAGAUCAGUGACACCAGGGUGAGCAGCGAGGUCAACAGGAUAGAGUCCAGGUCAAGGUCCGUCGAUGGCAAAGACAGGUAUAAUGUAGAGGUGUUGCGAGCCAAAAAAGAUUCCAGAUCCGGUUCCAUAGAUGAGAAGCCGACGGUGGAGAUGAAUUCUGUCACUCCGCCGUGUGGGUCAGUGACGGUGGUGUCCGUCAGCGCUGAACCGAAUUCUCUUGGUGCAGCGCCGGUGGGGCUCGUCACCGUCACCACCACCCAUCCACCCGUCCUCAACACAGCUCCACCCCACGCCGUCACGAUAUCAACGAGUCCUGAUGAGGUGGUGGUGGUAAGAGCUGCUUCAUCUGACGACGACGACGCCUUCGCACCCUCAUCUCUGGACUCUCUGGACUGCGCCCCCUGCACGCCCUCCGGACACAGAGAAAAAGGUCGCGGUCGAAGGUUGGACAGCAGUGAGGUGCUGAUCCUGUCACCUGGAGCCGGAGACUCUGGAGUCUUUGAUGACAGUCGGCAAAAUCACAUCAACCUGGACACGUCCCACGUGUCGGUUGUGACUGUCGGCGAGGAGGUCCAGGUGCGAGACUCAAGCGCUCCACCUCCCAGGCUGAGUCCGGACAGCUUCCAGAGCGUUCGUUCUCAGUCCGACAGCGGUUCGGUCGCUUCGGAGAGGUCUCGACGCGGCGACGCGGACUCGCUCGCUACAUCCGCGACGUCCGCCACGUCCGCGACGUCCGCCUCGCACGACGACCAGCGCCUCACUGACGCUAACAGACCAAAUUCAGAUAAUCAGGCCCUGGACGAGGAAGUGGUUGUUCUGAGACGGAAGCCACAAGACGCUCAAGGGAACAGGAUACAGAGGUCUAAGGAGGAUAUCCACAUGGCGAACCUGAAGAAGAAGACGAGGAAGAGAACGAGGAAGUUUGAGAUAGACGGAGUCGUGGUCACCACAACCACCUCCAAGGUUAUAUGGGGUGACGAAGAAUCCGGUCGCACCUGGGACGAUCUGGCCUUGAGGAAACAGGAGCUGAGAGAGAUAAAGAUGCUGCAGAAGAUGGAGCAGAAGCAGUUCCAAGACCUGAACGCCAAGGAGCACCAGCUGAGGGAACAACAGGAUAAGAGGUUCGAAGCCGAACUGGCAUCACUAUCAAGAGCCCACGAGUCGGAUCUGGACACACUGGCCAGGGCACAGCGCGCGGCUGCCGAGAGGGCCGAGCAACAACUAGAGGCGGAACUUAGGCAGCACGCGAAGAGAUUGAGAGCUGACCACGAACGAGACCUCCGACACUUCCGGGACACGCUCAAGCAGGAACUCAGACUGUUGAAACAGGAAGUGGAGCUGGUUGCUAAAGAGCGUCGCAAGGAGGCCUACCGGGCUCGCAGGGCCCGUCUGGACUCGGAACACGCGACCAGGGAGAGGAGCUUCGUGGCCGCCCUCGCUGAGUCCGGGGACGCGGUGCUGAGACGAGUACACGACAAGCACAGGGAGAGGCAGGCGCUGGCUGACAGGCAGUACCUGCAGCAACGGCAUCAGAUUAUGCGUACCCGGGAGGCAGCGCUCUGGGAGUUAGAAGAGAAACAGAUCCACGAGCGACAUCAACUGGCCAAGAGACAGCUCAAAGACGAGUUCCUGUUGAGGAGACACCAGAUGCUCGUCCGCCACGACAAGGAGUUGGAGCAGAUUAAGAGAAAGAACAGUCGGAAGGAGGAGGAGUUGGCUAAAUGUCAGGCGUUGGAGAAGAGGUCGCUGCCAAAGAGGAUGAGAGCGGAGCAGAAAGCGAGAGAGAUGAUGUUCAGGGAGAGCCUACGGAUAAACAGCGUGGCGGGUCACGACGACGACAGAGAGAGACUCAAGAAGUUCCAGGAGAACGAGAAGCGUCGAUACAGAUCAGAACAACAGAGGCUGGCGACCAAACACGCGCGGGCCAGGGAGGAGCUGAGAGCGCAGGGGGAGGCCCUGCUCCGUGAGCUGGAGCAGUACCAGAACGAGAAACGCAAGGCUCUGAUGAACCACGAGGCCAGUAAGAUGAAGGCUAUCGAGGAGAGGUACUCCGCUGAGUUGAAGGAGUGGCGGGCUACGCUCGCUGACAGGAAGACGGCUUUAGAGGACGAGUUCACAGCGCAGCUUGACGAACAGGAGAGGUUAGCGGCAAACGCAAGGCUACCGGCCCCGACGACCAGCAUGUCCCAGCACAGUUCGACGCUACACUCGUCGAGAACCAGCCUAGCGUCCAGCCAUUACGAUUAGAUCUUACGGAAUUAGCAAUGGAGCUGUCAAAAUUACCGCCAAAAUAAAACGUCAACUGUCAGUGUCAGUCACCUAAACGUUAACGUCAGUCAAGAAGCGGCACUUGUCAAUGUCAGUUUGUCAAAAUUCCAAUUUGAUCUUUGAAAUGUCAAAAUUGUCAGUCACCUGGCGAAUGUCAAAAUAGACGCAAUGAUCCUAACACAUACGGCCUAAGAGGGCGGGAAUGCCAUUUGAGCUUAUUUUUUAAACGCUAUUGGUAUUAGUUAAAAAGUAAGUGCCAAAAUUGAAGCAUUUUAAGGUUUUUUUUUUUAGAUUGAAACAAGUCUAAAACAAGAUUAUAAAGUAAAUCAUAUCGUAGUCCGUAUUUUUAUGACAGAUAAUAAAUAUUAGUGUUUUAAGUAUAAAUGAGGAAUUGAUGGCUUGAUCGCGCGGCGUGCUGUAUUCAGACGCUGGCUGACUGCUUGUUUGUAGCUAACACCACUCGGGUGCUAAUAUUUUGCUUGAUCUAGUUUUACUGUUAAGUGUACGAGGGGCGGAUCGACUUCGUAAGGUCAUAAGAUUUAUUGAAGUAUUUAAUUAAAUAAAUAACAAAGACUUUAUUUUAGAUAAUGCUUACAAGUCUAAAUUACGAAGUGUAUAUUUUGUACAGGAGUAAAGACUAGAUAUAGGGAGAGAUUAUAUUUUUUCAUGUACAGUAUUCAUAUUUACUUAACGUGCCUACUUAAUUUAUAAAGACUCGUCGUCUUACCAAGUAGGUUUAAUAAGUAGCUUGUCUAUGGUUUUUACUUUUAUUUUUCAUCACCAUUUUUUUUUAUCUCUUUCCCGAUGCAAUUCAGUACAACAAACCAAAGACAUAAAAAUCCGAUACAACAAAGAGGUGGGUUAACAUUCUUGGAAAUCUUUAUUUGCCUGUUUUCGGGAUCUGUCCGUCUAAAUACGCUUAAAUGGUCCCUAAAAUGUACAAAAAGAAAAAUAUGUAGAAAUUAGUCGUUCGACUCUUCACUUAAUACUGGUCACUACUUAUAAAUGAAAUUAUUUUUAAUAUAUUUUUAGAAAACCAAUGGAGUAUUUUAUUUUUAUUCUGUAAUAAAAAAAAACGCUGUCUAAUCUAUUAUUAGUUUUUAACUCUUUUUAUCUGUUUUAAAGUUUUUUUUUUUCCAAAAAAUGAAAUACUCUGUUGUUAGUUUAAUGCGCUAAAGUCAAUUCGCAUCAACGUCCCAAUUCAAAACCAUGUCCACUAGAAUUAAAUUUUGGGCGGUCAGUUUAUAUACAAAAAAAAACACAAUAUACUUUAACUUCAUAUUAAACCUUUUUUUUAAUUUCUUUUCUAUAUUUCUACUGAAAAUGUUGCCAUUGUUUAAGCAAAAAGUUCUGCGAGAGUUACACCAACGAUAAUGUUGUAUUUACUUAAAACUAGACAAAAAAAAUACGGCAAUGUUCUAUUGUCACUCUUUCUAUAUUUUUCUAGCCAAAACAAAGAUUGCUCGAUUCUUUUACCGCCCAAAAUACUCCAUAAAUGAAUGUCCAAAUGUAAUUAUAGUCAACAGUUUCUGUAAAAAAGCGAUAAUUACGGAGAGGAUUAGCUAUAGCCAUGAUUGUUUUAAAAUAAAAUUUUAUUAAUUUGUCUAUACGAAGUAAAUUAUUGUUACUACACAGAAUAUAGAAAACAUUAUUUGUA